AUGGCGGCGGUUAUUGUCGGAGAAACACUGGUCUCAGCUUCUAUGGAGGCGUUGUUACAAAAGCUUAUUUCUACUGAUUUCUCGGAUACAACGGUUGACGUUUCAUUGUUGAUAAAACUGAAGAAAACACUGGCGAGGGUUCAACCUUUACUUCGUCAUUAUUUCAAGAACACCAAAUGGCUGGAUUCGCUGAUAGAUCUUGCCUAUCAAGUUGACGCACUGUUUCACCAAAUCAACACUGAGGAAGCUCCCGAUCAAACCCUAACUCCUGCUACUAAGGUGCGAAACAUGUUUUCCUCUCCUUUCAAACAGUUUCAUGAGGUCAUUCAUUCUAAAGUUCUAGAUCUAACUGAAAGAUUAGAACGUUUGAUUUUGAGAGGAGAACAAGAUGGAUUGGAGUUUUCUAAUCGCAGCCGUGUUUGGCAUGGAACUCCUACGAAUUCUGUUUUGGAGGAUGGUUCUUCUAUUUAUGGAAGAGACGCUGAUAUUCAGAAACUUAAACAUCUUUUGUUGUCUAGUACUAGUGACUGUGAUAGUAAAAUAAGAGGGAUUUCUCUUGUUGGUAUGGGAGGGAUUGGUAAAACAUUCCUUGCUAAACACCUUUACAAUCAUCCACAAGUAAAGGACGAAUUUGAGUUAAAAGUAUGGGCAUAUAUCUCAAAAGAUUCCGACGCUGUUAGAGUUUUUGAAACCAUUCUUAAAUCUAUCACUUCACAAUCAAUUAGUAAUGGAAACGUCCUGAGUUCUCAAAUUCUUGAAUCUCACAUUGCAAAAGGAAAAUACACCAUUUACCAGAAUCUUCUAUUAAUGUCAUUGCAACGAAUUUUAAAUACUUCCAAAUUUUUGCUCGUGCUGGAUGAUGUGUGGGAUACAAAUUCUAUUAAUUGGAUCAGUUUGAUGGAUACCUUUAAUGCUGGGGAAAUGGGAAGUAAAAUCAUCAUCACAACACGCGAUGAAACAGUUGCAAGAUCCAUGCAAAUGAUUCUCUCUGUCCACUAUUUGAGGCCUCUACAAAAUGAAGAUUGCUGGUCUUUAUUUGCCAGAUAUGCAUUUGGAACAUGUAAUGACCAACAGCGAUCCUAUCUAGAAGAAAUUGGUAGGCCAAUUGCAAAAAAUUGUGAUGGAUUACCAUUAUCUGCAGUAGAACUUGGGGAUGUUCUUUACGGCAAAUUGUUUUCAAAUGACUGGAAUUCUGUGCUAAAAAGUAACAUUUGGGAAUCGACAAUUCCUGAGGUGCAUGCUGCUUUAGAAUCAAGCUACCAUUAUCUUUCGCCUCCUAUAAAACGAUGCUUUGCAUAUUGCUCUAUUUUUCCAAAGAACUCCAUCUUAGAAAAAGAAAUGGUUGUUCAGUUGUGGAUCGCAGAAGACUUGGUAGGCUCGUUCACAGGUCUGGAAAGAUGGAAAGUUGGAGAAGAAUACUUUGAUGUACUCGUGUCAAAAUCAUUGAUACAACGGCGGUCUACUGAGAACAAGGAAGAAAACUUUGAAAUGCAUAACCUUGUCCACGACUUAGCUACGAUGGUUUCAUCUUCAUAUUGUAUCAGGUUGGGCGAACAUUACCUACAUGUAAUGGUAAAAAAUUUGUCAUACAAUCGAGGGCUAUAUGACUCAUUUGAUAAAUUUAAUAAGUUGUAUGGAUUAAAAUAUCUACGUACCUUCCUAGCAUUGCCAUUACAAAAACAAUCGCCUCGUUGUUUGCUUUCAAACCAGGUAAUCCAUGACUUGUUGCCUACAAUGAAACAAUUAUGCGUGUUGUCUUUGUCCAACUACAAGAAUAUCACCGAGGUUCCCAAGUCUAUUGGAGAUUUGUUAUACCUGCAGUACUUAAAUCUUUCUCACACUAAUAUUGAAAGGCUGCCAUCUGAAACAUGCAACCUUUACAAUCUGCAGUUCCUGUUGUUAGGAGGUUGUAAAAGGCUCACUGAAUUGCCUGAGGACAUGGGAAAAUUGGUAAAUCUUCACCACCUUGACGUUAGUGACACUUCAUUGAAGAAGAUGCCCGUACAAAUAGCCAAACUAGAAAAUCUACACACUUUGUCCGACUUUGUUGUCAGCAAACAUAAUGAUGGAUUAAAGGUUGCAGAUUUGGGAAAAUUCCCUAACCUACAUGGAAAACUUUCCAUCUCACAACUACAAAAUGUUAAUGACCCCUUUGAAGUAGAUCAAGCCAAUACAAAGAUGAAAGAACAUAUAAAAGAAUUAGCUUUGGAAUGGGACUAUGGUAGUACUUUUCCAGAUUCACAAAUACAAAGUGCAGUACUUGAACAUUUACAACCCUCAACAAAUUUGGAAAGUCUCACUAUCAAAGGUUGUGGUGGAAUCAGCUUUCCAAAUUGGUUAGGUGAUUUUUCAUUUAGAAACAUGGUGUAUUUAAAGAUCUCAAAUUGUGAUGAUUGUUUAUGGCUUCCACCCCUUGGACAAUUAGAGAAUCUAAAAGAGCUCUUUAUUGAAGGGAUGCCAUCAGUACAAACAAUUGGUACUGAGUUUUAUGGAAGUAAUAGCUCUUCAUUUCAACCAUUUCCCUCCUUAGAGAUCCUACAUUUUGUGGAAAUGCAGGAGUGGGAUGCAUGGAACUUAACUGGAGGUACAUAUAUAAAGUUUCCUUGUCUCAAAACUUUGUCACUAAGUAAGUGCCCGAAACUGAUAGUAGGAAACAUAGCUGACAAAUUUCCUUCCUUAACUGAACUUGAGUUAAGAGAAUGUCCUUUACUGGUUCAAUCAAUGCAUUUAUCUGAUCAUGUAUUCCAGCAACUGAUCUUCCCUUUGAGUUCUCUUCAACAAUUGACCAUAGACGGCAUUCCAUCUUCAAUGUCUUUUCCAGAAGACGGUCUACCAAAAACCUUGAAAUUUCUCAUAAUCAAUAAUUGUGAAAAUCUAGAGUUCCUUGCUCAUGAAUACUUGUCCAAUUACACAUCGCUUGAGGAGCUGAAAAUAUCUUAUAGCUGCAAUUCAAUGACAUCAUUUACCUUGGGUGCUCUCCCUGUCCUCAAGAGACUGUUUAUUGAGGGUUGUAAAAAUCUGAAAUCAAUAUUAAUCGUAGAAGAUGUGUCACUAAAGAGUCUCUCAUUUCUUAGAAGCAUCAAAAUAUGGGAUUGUACUGAAUUGCAGUUAUUUCCCCCAGGUGGAUUGGCCACUCCAAACCUUGUUUAUUUUGCAAUAUGGAAGUGUGAGAAGCUUCCUUCACUGCCUGAAGCAAUGCACAAUCUAACUAAUCUUCAAGAAAUGGAAAUUGAUAAUCUACCAAAUCUUCAAUCGUUUGUCAUAGAUGAUUUACCUUACGCUUUGCGGGAACUGACUGUUGGCUCUGUUGGAGGGAUUAUUGAGCCAACUUGGGAACGUCUCACUUGUCUUUCAGUGUUGCGAAUUACCGGUGAUGGUACAGUGAACACGCUGAUAAGGUCAUUUCUACCUGCAUCGCUUGUGACAUUAUGCAUUCAUGGUCUUAAUGAUACAAGCAUUGAUGGGAUGUGGCUUCAACAUCUCAAUUCUCUCCAAACCCUUGAGAUUAUUAACGCUCCCAAACUCAAGUCGUUGCCCAAAGGAUUGCCUUCCUCUCUUUCAGUACUAAGUAUCACUCGCUGUCCAUUAUUGAUAGCAGCAUUGCGGAGGAAGCGAGGGAAAGAGUGGCGUAAGGUUGCUCACAUUCCUGCCAUAAUUAUCGACGACGAAUUGAUCACAUAA